GUCAGUACCUCUUUCCAUGUCCUGGAGAGCGCGCGCGCCUAACAACAUCAUUAAAGUAUAGACAGGGCGAAUGCGCGUGUAGAUCUCAAUGUUAGUUUGAUACAGGAUCAAGAGUACUUCAUGCCUCCCGCUCUAACCGUGUAUGCAUCAAGUGAUCUGGAGUUUCUCUAUAGGAACUGCUAAUCUGAUCCGCGUCUUUCUGUGGAAGCUGCAAUCGACGCACCUUUGACUGCUUUAAAACGGAGUUAACCAUGCCUGCCGAAAACAGCGACCAGGAGAGCAUGCUGAGCUAUCAGAGGCCUGAUGAGGAAGCUGUGGUGGACCAUGGUGGCACCAGCUCAGUUCUGAAUAUCCAUUAUGAGAAAGAAGAGCUAGAGGGUCACAGGACUCUGUUUUUGGGUGUGCGGAUGCCCAUGGGCAGACAGUCUCAUCGUCAUCACCGGCCACACAGUUCCAAACACCGCAGGAGGGCUGAGAGGACGCGUGCUGGAAGUGUAGCUCAAGAAGACAUGAACACAGAAAGUACCGCAACAUCACACGGUGAGAACGACAACAACAGUAACAAGUCGAGCAACGCUUGUAAGUUCAUUCACUGGAAGGUGAAUCUGGAAAAUUAUAUCUAACGUUAGGAUUCAAAAUGAACCCUCGCGAAAGCGCCACAUUCAAAUAAGUAUUUGCAUAUAUAACGCAACAGCUGUAAUCAUGUCAUAUUGCUAUUAUAAAACAAUUAAGUGAGAAAUAAGGUAGUAAAAAAUGAGUAACUUAGUAACUAUAGUUUAGACACAA